AUCAGUCACAAUUCGAAUUCUCUUCAAAGUUCCAAGCUUCAAAAAACAUAACAAUUCAAAAUGAUUAAAAUUGCUAUUUUAUUGAUGGCUGUCGCUAUGGUUUUCGGAGCUCCAGAAGCAAAACCUGAUCCCAAACCGCAAUUCCUUGCUUAUUCAGCACCACUCGUUGCUAGCUCUGCUUAUGUUCCAUCAGCCGUCUACGAGCGAUCCUACCACGGAAACUUUGCUUAUCCUUAUGUAGCAGCACCUGCUGUUGUGGCUUCUCCAUACUCUGCUGCAUACACAGCACCAAUUCUUGUCAGAUGAAUUAAACGUGACCAAAUAUCAUGCGGAAAUUAAAUUGAAAUGGUACGAAAUCAUGGAGUUAGUGAUGAAAUAAAUAUGAAAAAAAAAUCGUCAUAACAAAACAACAA